UGGCGCCAGAAAGUGUGAGGUGCCAGCGCUCCUGCCGACAGUGUGCGCGAGUUUCAGCGCGCAGCCGUGCUGUGUGGACGCAAACAAGCCCAGAUCUUCAGGCCGCCGAUUCCCAAAAGCCUGCAAAUAGCACUCCUACCGCUGUCUUUCACUUCGAUCAAAGGACAAACAGCACCUCAGCACUACAGGUGUUAGCCUGGUGGUCAAGCAGAGUGCAGUAAUCUUCUGUUUUACAGGUUCAACCAGAGGCCAGAUCCCUCCUGGCUCGUGCUGACCAGAACGGUCCCAAGCAUUUUUUUAUUCUGAGAAAGCGGUGCUCCUAGAGCAGCGCUAAGUUUCACUUAAACGGGAAGACGGAAGUCGUCAGGCUGGAGUGUGUCCUGAUGGCUGAGUCAGAGACUGAGUGUGACACACCAGGCCUUGACACGCUGGGGUCUGAGUGUGUCAUAACUCACACGCAAGUCGGUGACUUGCACUAUGCAGCGGAGACUGAGAUUAUGACCCAGGAGGACAAGAGGCUUGACCUGGAAGCCAUUCAUGGCGAUCUUGGGGCUGUGGCUUGUGUUGAUGCCGUAACGGAGACGGACCAUGACUACACUAAGUCUGAGGUACAUCAUGACCCGCAGUACUUUGGAGGCGCAGACAUGAAAGGCAAUGAGGCUCUGCUUGGUGAAGUGCUGCUGAAGGCAGAGAUGGGUGGAGCUGGUGCAGAGCAUGUAGUGAAGGAUGAGUCAGACCAUGGAGGAGAGCUGACAGUGGAGUCGGAGAAUGGUGUCAUCAUUCAUGAAGCCCAGGGUCUUCAGUGCAAUGAGUGUGGGGAGAUAUUCAGCAGCAUGACCGACCUGCAUCAACACUUUGAAAUCCAUAAAGCAACCCAUCCAUACAUUUGUAUCCAGUGUGGUGAGAGCUUUGCUGUGGAAGCUAGUCUGAGAGGGCAUAUGAAAAUACACAUGAAGGACAAGGGCUAUGCUACCACUGGUGUGGAGAUGGUUGGUAAAGGGGUCAUCGAUGCAUUCAAUCUCAAACCACAUCAGAUGAUGCACUCCCCUGAAAAGCCACACAGAUGCUCUGAAUGCGGCAAGAGCUUUGCCGCAGCCAUCACGCUCAGAGAGCAUAUGAAAAUGCAUUCUGAUGACAAACCCUACAAAUGUACUCAGUGCAGGAAGAGUUUUGUCCGUAGGCGCCAUCUAAAGAAACAUCAGGAGCUGCAUGCUCGCGAAAAGCCAUUUACCUGCCCCCAGUGUGGGAAAGGCUUUGCUACGGCUUCUAAUUUGAAACAACAUCAGAAGACCCAUGCUGGUGACAAGCCACAUCGAUGCUCCCAGUGUGGAAAGUGUUUCGCAGCAGCAGCCACUUUGAGAGAACACCAGCGAAUCCACUCUGGUGAGAAACCUUACAAAUGUAACCAGUGCAGGAAGAGCUUUGUAAGAAAACGCCACUUGAAGAAGCACCAGCUAGUGCACCAGGGUGGCAAGCCCUAUCGAUGCUCUCAGUGCGACAAAGGUUUCAAUCACUCUUCGUCCCUGUCACGACACCACAAAGUCCACCUGGAGGCCAAAAUGUACGCCCAGCCCGAUAAGGAGUUCCCCUUUGAUACGCCAAUGAAGAGGGGAAUGCACACAGGCGAAAAGCCAUACAGCUGCAACCACUGUGAGAAGAGCUUCAAUCACUCUUCAUCGCUGUCCAGGCACCAGAGAACUCAUUCUGAUGGGAAAUCCUACACUUGUGCCCACUGUGGCAAGAGGUUUAAUCAUUCCUCUUCUCUUGCAAGACACCAACGUGUCCAUUUGGAUGAGAAGACCUCUUAUAGUGCUAUUCCCACAGGAAAGGGAUUCCCUCCUACUACCAUCCUGAAACAGAGGAUUCUGCAGAGUGAGAAACCAUAUAGGUGUUCUCAGUGUGGAAAGGGUUUCAAUCACUCCUCCUCCCUCUCAAGGCACCACAGAAUUCACAUUGAUCAGUAAGCUCACCGCUGAGGUGGCUGUGGUAUUUUACAGUUUGUCCCAACUUCGUUUCAGGCCAACCUCAAAUUUUUGUCUUCAUAGAACUAGGAAAAUCUAAAGUUUAUUUGGGGUCUAUAAAUGGAUCUUGAAGGUAUAUUAAAAAUAUAAUUCUGCUUAAGUCCUUUACCUUUACAUUUUAAGAGCGAUGAAUCUCAAUAACUGGUAUGAUUGACACUGAGCUGUUGCUGAUCCUGCGCAGUGUGCAUAUAGAGCUUGCUGCUUUUAAUUUGACAUCUGUAUGAUAAUGUAGCAAUUUCAUGCUUAAUGACCAGGCCAGCAAUACUCUUACGCAUACCCUCGGAAAGAAAUUAGGGCGGAUAAUUUCAGAGCCUGUUUUGAGCUUUAGACAUAUAAUUGGUGACCAAGUAAAGUUUUUGGGAGACUGGAGGAACCCACCACCCAACCCCCAAGCAAAGUCCAUGUAUCUUUACCCAUCGUGUCUUAUUCAUGGCCUGUUCAGAUACUAUCGUUUGUAAAUAAGUGUUGAUUUUUAUAUACAUAUGUAUAGGUGCGUGUGCAGUUCUUUUACACAUUGAGCAUUUUUGUAUGACCCAGUCUGUCUUAACCAUCUUUAUUUUGAAAAUAGGAUGGUGCUUGAAAGUUUUGCUGGCUCCAGGAAAGCUGUUAGCAAAGGUGCAAGCCUGCAUAAAAUUUACUUCAAAGUUACUUAAGCUUUAGUCACCAUUGCUUUCAGCUGCGAUUAAAAUCGGCUGAGCAGGGGUCAAAUUACCUGAACAGGAGAGUCAAACUGUAGCAUACUUUCCGGACUGAGCUUCUGGUCAGACAGCUUCAUUCUAAAAUGAGCUGUAAGAAACAUGGGCUUGUAAAGAGGGGCAAAUUUAGUCCUUCCUUUAGAAUUGUCUGAUUUACUGACUGACUCCAAAAAACCUAGUUUGACAGAUUAUAAAUCAUUGUAUACUUACAAUUCAGUGUAAUUUGAUCUAAACGUUCCCUCUGAAGCAUUGCUUAACUAGUUCCCUUUGGUACUCUACAACUUGUUACUAAUGGGUAAAUUGUGCAUAUUUGCGUUCAGACCUAACAUCAUCACUGUAGAACUAGUUCGGACAUCCAUAUAUAUAUAUAAUAACCAGUAGUUAACUUAUAUUCUGGAUACAUGCAGCAAAUUAUCAAAAUUUAGUCUAAUAGAUUGUGUGUAAUUAUCAGUACAAUAAAAAUAGCUUGCUCUUGAUUUCAUUUCUUUCAAAAUUCCAUGAAGAUACACUUUCUACUUAAAGUACUGUGUAUGGGGGAAGAUCUUUUACAUACUGAUGUAUUUUUUUAAUAUGGUUUGGGUAAUCUGAAAGGGAAAAGAGGAAUACUGUUUUUAUGGGAGUGAACAUUAUAUUGAAUUUUUUUUUUCUUUUUGAAUAAUUGUACUUCAACUCAUAGCAUAGGCUUUUUCAUUGUGUUAGAUAGGUGCCUUAUUGCAUGCUGUGUAGAAAUGUAUGUUGAGCUGUAAUAGAAGAAAAAGGUUUGGCUCCUCUCCCUAUGUUUGCAUACUAACCAACAUAUUUUAUUUUUGACUUUAGGUAAUUUUCUGUUUUGCUUUUCUGUAUAUGAAUAUAUGUUUAUGCUGUUACUGCUGUCUUUUAAUUUCCCUGUCCAUCAGCUGGUCUCAUUGUAGAAAAAACUAAAGGUUUAAAAAAAAAAAAAAAAAAAGAGAAGUUACAACACCUUUGAUCCAUAUUUUGAUUGCCCUCUUAAGUGGUCAGAUCUUGUUCCAUGUCUUUACCCCAUCUUUGAGUGGCACACACAUGGAUAAAUAAAGGUUCUUGACUACCUGUUUUUUUUGGUUUGUUUUCCUUUUUUUUUUUUU